ACUAAAUUUUAAAAUUAAUAAAAAUUUCUUGAAUAAUUGCAAUUAAAUUUGUGUCCUUCUGAAAAUUAUGCACAUUUUUGUAUACAGUAUAUAUAUACUUACAUACACAUAAAUUUCCAAAUUUAAUUUGAUUACAUUGUAUAUGUCCUUCCUGUUUUUCAUAUUAUUAAGAAAGUAAUAUUUCAGAAAUUUAAUUACCUAUGCAGAUAUGGAAUAAACAACUUAAAAUUUAAUGAAUUAAAAACUGAAUAAUAAAAUAAAUAAAAAUAAUAAUAAAUAAAUUAAUUAAUUUUUAAAAUAAAAUAAAUUUAAUCGAAUAUAAAAAAAUAUUAUUAUUACUCUGAUAUUCAAAUUUAUAAUUCAAAAUAAUUUUACAUUAAAAAGAAAAAUUUCAAUAUUUUGGUGAAUAACAAGAAGUAAGAAACAAACGGAAAGCAUCUGCUCAGACCCCCUGGAAUAUUAUAAUAAGAAAAAAAAAGUAAAAACAAAAAUUAGGUACAAUGACAUCCGACUUGAGCGUGUCUGUGUAUCCACACGAGGCGACAUUAUUUGCUGCAAUUUGUGCUUGCAUUUUUAUUAUUGUUGGAGUAUUAGGAAAUUUAAUUACAAUUUGGGCACUUUUAAAUUCACCUAAGAUGAGAGGUCAUGCAACUACAGCCUUUGUUUUAUCAUUAUGCAUUUCUGAUUUAUUAUUUUGUUCAUUUAGUUUACCGUUAACAGCAAUACGUUAUUUUCAAGAGGCUUGGACAUUGGGUGAAACAUUAUGCAAAAUAUUUCCGGUUAUUUUUUAUGGAAAUGUUGCUGUCUCUCUACUUAGUAUGGUUGGAAUCACAUUAAAUAGAUAUAUUCUGAUAUCAUGGCACGCGAAAUAUCCUUCAAUAUAUAAACCAAAGUAUAUUGCUUUACAACUAUUUUUCGUAUGGGCAAUUUCUUUUAUAAUGAUGUUACCACCUUUACUCGGAAUAUGGGGUGAAUUAGGUUUAGACGAAAUAACAUUCUCCUGUACAAUAUUAAAAAAAGAUGGAAGAUCGAUCAAAAAAUUUUUAUUUUUAGUUGGAUUUUUAGUGCCAUGUUUAGUAAUUAUUUCUUCAUAUUCAUGUAUUUAUUUAACAGUUCGGAGGCAAAGACAAAAAUUAAAAGCACACCGGUCAUUAAAUACCAGUAUAAGUGAAGCGCAUAGAAAUCGUGAAGAUAAUCGUUUAACAAUUAUGAUGCUAACAAUAUUUUUAGCAUUUUUAUUAUGUUUUUUACCAUUAAUGUUAGCAAAUGUUGUAGAUAAUGAACAAAAUACAUCAGUUCCAUGGCUUCAUAUAAUUGCUUCAGUAAUGGCAUGGGCUUCAAGUGUAAUAAAUCCAUUCAUUUAUGCUGCAAGUAAUAGAAAUUAUAGGGUUGCAUAUCAUAAAAUAUUUGCAAUAUUAAAGUUUUGGGGAGAACCAAUAUCACCAAUGGCUAGUAAAAGUUUUCAACCUAGUAGAAAUUCAAAAGAUUUUUCGAAUGCUAUUAAAAGUACACCUAUUUUUAAUGCUGUUUCAAAAAAUGGUAUCGUAAAUGGACAUGCUUAUUCUGUUUAGUUUUUUAAUUCAAUUUGUUAAUCUCGAAUUUUUUUUUUUAUUAUAUUAUUUAACAAAAGAAGCGAUAAAUGACUUUAGCGGAAAAUGCCAUAAUAGCUUAAGUUCUGAUAUACGAUUUUAUAUUAAUAUAAGAAAACAAAGAAAAAAAAAUAUUAUUUUUAAGUUAAUAUCGAAUAAUAAUUAUAGUUUAAGAAUUCUAUUUUAAGUUUUCCCAAAGA